AUGCUGCACAUCCUGUACUACAGAUAUAUCAGUGUGGCUCGUUUUAAGGAGCUAUGUUCUCUAACCCACCACUGUCGCCGUACAGCCAGAACGAACUUAGUUCACACCGAUUCUACGGAGACAGAGAACUACGAAGCACUACUGAGUCUAGCAGAGCGUCUGGGAGAAGCUAAACCACGAGGCCUGCAUCGUAGUGAGAUUGAUCAACUGCCCUCUUUCAAAUUUAAUGCAGAGACUCACCAAGGCGACCAGACAUCUUGUGUGGUCUGCAUGUGUGAUUUCGAGCCCAGACAAGUGUUGCGAGGUCUACCUUGCUCACACGAGUUCCACGCUAAGUGCGUCGACAAGUGGCUCAAGUCAAACCGCACCUGUCCCAUCUGCCGUGGUGAUGCCUCCGGUUAUUUCAGCUCCUCCGAGUGAACUUCAUCCUGUUAGCUUCUCUUGUAACUUUGAAGUAUUUAUUGCAACUCAAUUCCUUAUAUAAUUGUUACAAUAGUUUAGUGGACUUUAAAAUUCAAGUAUUUAUAUUUUAAAGUGCCUAAAACA